CUGCUCCGGAGCCCCUGCGCGGUGACGGAGGCGGUGGCGGUGGCGGUGCCCUGGGUCCCGCACUCUUGCAGCGCGGGCCGCUCAGUGGGCGGAGCGUCGGCCUCGGUCAGGAAAUCCUUUUGUGCUCAUUCAUACUUGUUCAUCAAGACCUUUGAGUCCUCAAGGGCCGAAUUUACCUCUAAACUGAAAAAUGGAAAGUAAAGUACCUUUAUUCUGCCAGGCAGAAGAAAAUAGCGAUUUAUCAGAUGAAGGCUGUAAUUCUCUUGCAACCAACUUGCCAUCGAGACAUAUUGACAACAAGAAAGACAUCAAGUUUUCUCAAAUGACACAGAAGACAAUUUCACAUGAAAUUAGGGGUUUGAGGCUAGAGCACAAAAAAAGGUAUGAAACAUCAAUAUUCCUCUGUGGAGAAGAGAAAUCCUUUGAUUUUUCAGGAGAGAAAAAGUUCAGAAGAAAGAAAAGUUUACAAGUACAGUUGCAUACUGAAAGAACUGAGAUUGCCUCUUCCUCAGUGAAGCUGUUGAAGGAGAAGAUGACUAAGAAAGAAAGGUCUUCACUCAAGCUUCCGAAUCAGUACAGUGUUCACAAGACUUUAUCAUCCCUUUGUACAUCUUCCUCAGUUAUUCGGAAAAGGGAAAUGCUUUCUACCCUCUGCAAGACAUCAUAUAAUGAAGUACCUCAAGGACACUUACACUCACAAGAGUUAAGCACACUUCAGAAGGCCUGUAAAAUUUUUAGUAAAAUACAAAGUGGUAAAAUUUAUGUGAAUGAUCUGCCAAUGAUCCAUCACACCUUGAAGAUUUUUAUAAGUGAUUCGGAAAUGCAAAAGGCACUAAAGACUGUUGAUAUUGAUGUUAAUGGAAUGCUGGAUUUUUCAGAUUUCCUUAAGACUGUGAAUGAUGUUUGUUAUUUUGUCUCCCAGGAUCCAGCAUUCCAGAAUGCCUUGAAGAUUUUCUGUAGAAUAAAAAGUGGUCGAGUUGCGACUGAUGAACUGGCUGCUGUUUUGGAUAGCAUGGAUAUUCCUGUAAUUCCUGAAACUUUUCAGGAAGUGAUAAAACAUGCUAGUAUAGACAGUAACCGCAUGGUGGAUAUUAGAGAUAUUCUAUUUAUUUUGGAUGAACUACAGCACCAGUAUGAAGAUUUUUCAGUUAUGGAAUCAUCAGCCUAGGAUGAAUCUACUUCAAACAGAAAGUUAUCAAAUAUAUCAGAAUGUUAUCCACAGUAUAGGAUGAAAAGCAGUUUCUCUUCCAGACUACGUGAACCAUCAUUAUUCCCAAAGUUAAAUAGAAAACACCUCCAAUAUCAUAAAAUUAUGGAGGAUAAUGAUUACCUUGAAUUUAAAAGAUCAAAAAAUCCUUUGCAAAUAAAAAAAUUCCUAAAUGGGGUUGAUAGCAGUGAUAUAGGAUUCUGGGAACCAUAUUCAAAGGAUGGCAUAAACUUUAAGAAAAGUUCAGAGAAGAUUGAAAUUCAUGACUCAAAGUCUACGUCACAUAGCUUGAAGAGCAUCACAAGCCUCAAAAAGUCUCUCGAUAAAAGUGAUCAUUUUAGUAUCCCCAAACUUCAGAAGCCAGCUGUGAUAAGGCAUUCCAGCCUCCUAAAACAGGUUUCGUCGAAAGAAAAGAUUGCAGUGAAUGCUCUGGAAAACAUCUGUGAAGCUAUCAAUAAACUCCAAGAAAAUUACAUUGCUGCAGAAGAACUUGAAUCCAUUUUGCCUUCAAUAGGACUUACUUUAUCAGACAAAGAGUUCAAGGAGAUUGUGGCAAAGACUACUCAAAAUGGAAAUGGAAUGUUGAAGUUAGAUGACUUUAUGAGCGCUCUCUCCAAGGAGCAAAGUCUUCCUGAAUGUGAUAUGUUGACUGAUGUCAUUAAAGCCAUUGAUAAAAUUAAAGAUGAAAAUAUUAAUUAUGAGGAUAUGACUACUUGUCUUCAGCAUUUUGGAGUUUACCUUUCUAAGCCAGAAUUUGAGAAGAUCACAGAGUUGACUGAAGCUGACAAAACGAAAAAAGUGAAUUUUAAAGAUUUCAUUGAUACAAUGAUGACCAAUACAGAACGCUUCUCUGAAAAAUUAUUAUUGCCUGAUGCUAUUGAAAACCUCCAUAAUCUCAGCAAAGGGAAGAUGAAUAUUUCUCACCUGUGGACCACUCUGUCUAACUUGAAUAGUAACUUGAAAAAAAAUGAAUUCCUAGCUGCACUGAAAUUAACAACAGUGGAUGAAGAUGAUGAAGUACAAAUAGAAGAAUUUGGACAAGUGGUAAAGGGUAUUCGUGAUGCCUCCAGGUUAAAAGAGUUACAAGACAUUGUCUUAGCUCUUAAUGGGCUUGAAGGUGACAUGAUAUCUGGGAAGAACUUGGAGAGCUUCCUAGGAAAUAUUGGGAUUAAGUCACCUGAAGAAGAGGUAGAGAAAAUUCUUCAGUCAGAUCUUGUUUCUGAUGACAACAUGGUGAAUGUUAAAGACUGUAUGAAGGGUUUGAAGGACACUCAGAAAUUUUCCACUUUUGUUGCAUUGAAUGACAUCAUUGGUACAUUGGAAUGUAUGGAAGAAAGUGAUCAGUCUGGCAAGGACAACUAUGCAGAUGUACUUGGAAACACCAAUAGAAUUUAUUUCACUGAUAAUAGUUUUCAAGAAGUGCUGGAUGAUUCCUUGCUCGACGACUUUAGGAAAGAGGCUUUGUCUUCAAAUCUGAAACUACCAACAGCAGAUGCAUUUAAAGAAGCUGCUUAUAUCUUGACAAGUGUUGAUAAUGGCAAGAUUGGCAUACGUAACUUGGAGCAUGCCCUGAAAAGUUUGAAUGUUAAUUUAGCUGAGGAGGACGUCAGUGAAGCCCUUAAAUAUUGUGACAUCAGUGAUGAUAAUGAGGUGAAUUUAAAAGAUUUCUUUGAAAGAAUUAAAGGAAGUCCACCUUUCAAAGAGUCCAUAGUUACACAGCUACUCUUCGUUACUGUUCAAAUUCUCCAGAAUGAUCUAAUUGAUGUCUCUGACCUCGAGGCAUUAUUGAUGAACAAUGACUUUCAUGCAGCUAAUGUUUUACUUGAUGAAGUAUUAAGACAUGGACCUGAACAUGAAAAUGGCAAGAUUACCUUUCAAGAAUUUUUUAUUAAGUUCUGUGAUACAUUGAACAUGCCUAAAGCCUCAGGAAAUAAAAAUCAAUUUUACAACAUCAACAUUUACAAAAAUGAACUUAAAGACAUUCCUGUACUUCAGCAAAAUUUAAAUGCCAUUGGAAUCUAUCUAACAGAUGAUAAAAUAAAGGAGACUUUGGAUAACACUAAUCCUAACGAUGAAGUGGUGAGUUUUAAGGAUUUCAUCAGAGAAUUGAACAACAGUGAUGAAUUUAUCGAGUGCCACAGAAUAGAAGAUGCAUGUAAUGUUGUUAAUAGUGUCUUUGAUAGGAAAGUUGAAGUUAAAGACCUUUUAUCUGCGUUGGAGGGCCUGGAGAAACCUUUAAAUGAAGAAAAACCUGAGGUGUUACUGAACUCUGAAACAGAUGAAAGUAAAAAGAUCUUAAAAGAUGUAAUUGAUGUUUUCACUAAUUCACCUAAACCAUCAACACCAUUCAAUUAAUUUAUUUAAAGAGAUUACAACUCUUGAUAAGAUCAGAAAUGAUAAGAUGCCUAUAAAUGAGCUGAGGUCCCAACUCCGGAAGGCUAGAAUUCCAUUAAGCAACAAGACGUUC